GAAACUUAACAUUAAUCAGAGGACAGCAGAGCUGCAGUCGAGUCUCUCCACUUCUGUCCAAAUAUAAAUGAAACUGAGUUCAUCAAGUCUUUCUCAACAACACAGCAGAGUCUCUGCCAAACACUGAUAUGUCUGCUGCCAGCUGCUCAGAGCAACAAGCUCCCAAACCAGAAGACAAGAUGUGCAUGAAGCACGAUAAACCUCUGGAGCUGUUCUGUAAGACCGACCAGACAUUUGUCUGCAUGCUCUGCACCUAUUCUGACCACAAGACACAUGAUGCUGUUCCUCUGAAAGAAGAAUAUGAAGGAAAGAAGGCAGAGCUGGGGAAGACAGAGGCUGAAAUUCAGGAGAUGAUCCAGAAGAGACGACUGAAGAUUCAAGAGAUCAAACAGUCAGUUGACCUCAGUGAGGAAGCUGCAGACAGAGAGAAAGCAGAAGGUGUUCAGGUCUUCACCGCUCUGAAGGAGUCUGUUGAGAGAAGCCUGAAUGAGCUCAUUGAGACGAUUGAAGAGAAGCAAAGAACAACAGAGAAACAGGCUGAAGACUUCAUCAAAGAGCUGGAACAGGAAAUCUCUGAGCUGAAGAAGAGAAGCUCUGAGGUGGAGAAGCUCUCACACUCUGCAGACCACCUCCACCUCCUCCAAAACUUCCCGUUCCUGAAAGCUGCUCCACCCACCAAAGACUGGACAGAGGUCAGCGUCCAUCCACCGUCAUAUAAGGGGACUGUGGUGAGAGCUGUGGCUCAGCUGGACGAGAUGCUCAGUAAACAGAUGACUAAGCUGCUUGAAGCUGAGCUGAAGAGGGUCCAGCAGUAUGCAGUGGAUGUGACUCUUGAUCCUGAUACAGCACAUCGUAAACUCAUCCUGUCUGAUGAUGGGAAACAAGUAUAUGAUAGUGAUGUGGAGAAGGAUCUCCCAGAAAAAUCAGAGAGAUUUUUAGUUUAUACAAAUGUGUUAGGAAAGCAGAGUUUCUCUUCAGGCAGAUUUUACUUUGAGGUUCAGGUUAAAGGGAAGACUAAAUGGAAUUUAGGAGUGGCCAGAGAGUCGGUUGACAGGAAGGUACUAAUGGAACUGAAGCCUGAGAAAGGUUACUGGGCUAUACUUUUGACAAAUGGAAAUGAGUACUUUGCUUGUAAUAACCCUUUAGUCGAUCUUUCUCUGAAGUCUCCUCCUCAGAAGGUGGGGGUGUUUGUGGAUUAUGAGGAGGGUCUGGUCUCCUUUUAUGACGUAGAUGCUGCAGCUCUUAUCUACUCCUUUACUGGCUGCUCCUUCACUGAGAAACUUUACCCAUACUUUGGUCCCUGUGUUAAUGAUCGUGGUAAAAACUCCGCCCCUCUGAUCAUCUGUCCUGUCAAUCAAACUGAGUAAUCAGCUGUUUUAUUUCAUGAGAGCAAAUAUAAACAUUCAGUGUCUCUGUGCAUUAUACAACUUCUGAUCAAAUUCAGACAAUUUUAUGCUCAUUUCUAGAUAAAAUCAAAGUUUACAAAGAAACCAAAAGUCUCAUGCUCCAUCUUUGUAAAUGUGAGGUUUUACUGCUAUUCUCUGCUCUAUAUAAUAGAAACUGAAUAUGUUUUGGUUCUUGGACUUCUAUCCUUUUCUGACCUUUUAUAGAGUAAAUAUCAAUCAAAAAGAUAUUAGAGAGGUUAAUUUUAAUGGCAAUAAUCAUUAGCUGCAGUAAAAGGUGAUUAACAGAAUAUAUGUGCAUGUACAAUUUUUAUAUUUGAGGUUUGGUUUGUUAUCGGCCACUUUGCCAUUUUCUGUUUGUUUGAAUAAUGAUGAGAUUGAUUAUGAUUUAAAGAAAUCUGUAAAUAUGUGAUUGUAAAAGAAACCAACUGUAAACUAAACUAGUUGUGUAGUUUUAAUGUGAUGCUUUAACAACAUGACCUGAGUAAGCAGUGACUUGUUGAACACCAAACACUAAAAAUAAAGCCUGGUUUAC